GCUGUAAUAUAUCGCUAUUCCGACCUCCGGAUCUUCUCUCAAAAAUGCAUUCUCUUCAAUGUUGUCGCUCGUAAAAAACAAGUUAUGUUGUGAUUAGUUAGUUAUUGUUAAAUAACAUCGCGAUACGUUUUAUAGCAAAUAUGGAUUUUCUCGUGGGAGGCCUUGCGGGCGUUGGCGCAGGCUUUUUCAGUAAUCCAUUUGAUGUGGUGAAAACGCGUAUGCAGUUGCAAGGAGAGCUUCGGGCACGCGGACAACAUAAUGUGUAUUAUAAAAAUGUUCCUCAUGCAAUUUAUACUAUUAUCAAACAUGAUGGAGUAGCUUCAUUGCAAAAAGGAUUGGUACCUGCUCUAUGGUUCCAAUUGGUUGUCAAUGGCGUGCGGUUAGGUAUAUACCAACAUGCUGAUGAUUACGGUUUACUGAGAGAUGAAAAGAACAAUACGAAAUUUAUAAAUAGUAUGUUCUUUGGUUCGUUGGCUGGGAUGGUGGGAGCAUUCUUCGGUAGUCCGUUGCAACUUGUGAAGACACAAUUAAUGUCGUUUUCUUCAGAAAAGAUAGCUGUGGGAACACAACAUGCGCAUAGUGGUAUGACAUAUGCAAUUAUGAAGAUAUAUAGAAAGAAUGGCUUAUCCGGUUUGUUUAGGGGAGCGCAUGGGAUGAUGAUAAGAAAUUCUAUUGGUUCAGCGUCACAAAUUGCGUCCUUUUCUAUGAGCAAAGAAUGGAUGGACAAUAAUAAUUUAUUCCAACAAUCAAAAUAUUUAUCAGCGUUUAUAGCAGGUAACAUUGGGGCCAUCAUGAAAACUGUUACCCUCACUCCCAUGGAUGUUAUUAUGACGCGACUGUACAAUCAAGCCGUAGACGCAAAUGGUCGUGGUCUUCUUUAUUCAGGUAUAUUGGAUUGUGCGCGUAAGAUCACCAAGACGGAAGGUCUUUUGGCCUUUUAUAAAGGAAUAGGUCCAUCGUACCUCAGGCAAGCACCACAUUCGGUCCUGCUUCUGGUCUUUUGGGACAUGUUGAAGGAUUUUGAAAAGUAUUUAGGCUUGAAGAAAUUAAAUGCAUAACCAUAGAGUGAUAGAUAUUUGCUGUGUUUCAAAUGAAUGCUAACAAAUGUAACCAAAGAGUUUACA